UUGUAACGGAGUAAACGUGCACUCCGCUUUCACGUCAAACGGUACGGGGUUCACUUUCUAUAGUGGUCAAUACGAACACGGAGGCAUUUUACUUGGUGCCUUUAGCUUCCACGCUGCAAAUUCUUCGACGUCUCCUGUUCUUGACUUGCAAAAGCUCGAAGCAAUAAGUUGAUUCUCGUGUGUCUUCUAGAACCGAUGCUGCACGUGGGUCGCUUCUUGGUUCCUAGACGCAGCAUCGCCAUCGCUAUAUUUUUUCGAAGGUCUUACUGAAGUUUUUGGUUACUUCCUCAUUUAGUUUUAAUUAGGCAGCAAUGGCGCAGCUGAAAGUGGCCAUCAUCGGCCAGAGUACAUUUGCUGCCGAGGUGUAUAAACUCUUGAAGCAGGAUGGACACCAGAUCACGGGAGUCUUCACGAUCCCGGAUAAGUCCAACCGGGAGGAUCCUCUGGCCGCGACUGCCAAAGCCGACAAUACUCCUGUCUUCAAGAUCAAAGCAUGGAGGAGUAAGGGCGUACCUUUACCUGAGAUCCUGGAUCUUUACAAGGGUAUCGAGGUCGACCUGAACGUUCUGCCAUUUUGCAGUCAAUAUAUUCCUAUGGAAGUAAUCAAUCAUCCUCGUCAUCGCAGUAUCUGCUAUCAUCCUUCUGUUCUGCCAAGACACCGUGGUGCCAGCGCGAUCAGCUGGACUUUGAUAGAGGGCGACAAGGUCGCUGGAUUCUCGAUAUUCUGGGCGGAUGAUGGCUUGGACACAGGACCCAUCCUCUUACAAAAGUCCUGCCCAGUGGAUCCUACCGAUACCCUGGACAGCCUCUACAACAGAUUCUUAUAUCCUGAGGGUAUAAAAGCCAUGGGUGAGGCUGUGAACCUCGUGGCCAAAGGCCUCGCACCCAAGAUCCCACAGACAGAGGAAGGCGCAACUUACGACCCCAUGCUUAAUAAGAAGGAACUGCAGCAGGUAGACUGGAGCAAGUCUGCUGAGGUUGUCUACAACUUCAUCAGAGGACUCGACAGUGUACCAGGUGCAUGGACUCUUGUUCACAACGAGGAAGUUCGGUUGUACGGUGGAUCCCUGUGGACUGGAGACAAACCCUCAGGAGACGUUGUCGACGUCAAUGGUCAGGAGGGUAUCGUACACGAAAGUGGACUCCUGGUGAAGGCCGGUGACGAGAAAUUUGUGAAUAUCGAGAGACUGAAAAUCGGUAACAGGACCAUCCGCGCCAGUAUGUUUGGCAAGGCUGACGAUGCUGCUCAAAGUAUUGAAUUCACUGAAGAAGAGAAGAAGAAUAACGAAGUCAUUAAAAAAGUCUGGGAAAGCAUCUUGAAUAUUGAAGUUGAUAACGAUACGGAUUUCUUUGCUUCCGGUGCUGGCAGCAUGGACGUGGUCAGGUUGGUAGAAGAAGUCAAGGAUAACAUCGGUGUGGAAUUCCAGAAUACAGAUGUCUUCAUGGCUCCUGUAUUCCUGCAGUUCGUCACUGCCGUCGCUUUGGCGGGACGCGGGGCGUCGGCUAGCAAGAACGUGAAGUACGAUGCGGUCGAACUCCGGUGUAACAAUAUGGACUUGAAAUUUCCAAGGCAGCUAUUUAUUAACGGUCAAUUUAUUAAUGGGGAGGCCAAGCCAGCACCUACGAUAAAUCCUCACGACGAGAGUGUCAUCUGCACGGUGGAGAGCGGAUCAGUUAAUGACGUGGACAGAGCAGUGAAAGCUGCCAAGGCUGCCUUCGAGGAUGGCGAAUGGAGCAAGAUCAGCGCCAGGGAUCGUGGUGCCCUUCUGUUCAAGUUGGCAGACCUGAUGGAACAACAUAAGGAGGAGUUGGCCACCAUCGAAAGUAUAGACUCUGGCGCUGUCUAUACUCUCGCUCUAAAGACCCAUGUCGGUAUGUCUAUUGAGACCUGGAGGUACUUUGCAGGCUGGUGCGACAAGAUACAGGGAUCUACUAUACCGAUCUCCCAUGCAAGACCCAAUCGCAAUCUCACGUUCACGCAAAAGGAACCGAUCGGUGUUUGCGGUCUGGUCACUCCGUGGAACUAUCCAUUGAUGAUGCUUUCGUGGAAGAUGGCGGCCUGUUUAGCUGCCGGUAACACUGUUGUCAUGAAACCAGCCCAGGUCUCUCCGUUGACGGCGUUGAAAUUCGCCGAGCUCUCGGUCAAGGCUGGAAUUCCUCCUGGUGUGAUAAACAUCGUCACAGGAAGUGGUUCCGUCACAGGAAAUGCAAUCGUCAAUCAUCCCUUGAUACGAAAACUCGGAUUCACAGGAUCGACCGAGAUCGGUCAAACUAUCAUGAAGUCUUGCGCUGAGAGUAACCUGAAAAAGGUGUCCUUGGAACUCGGUGGUAAGAGUCCUCUGGUGAUAUUCGAGGAUGCUGAUAUUCAGCAAGCUGUGAGAGUCGGUAUGGGCAGCGUCUUCUUUAACAAGGGUGAAAAUUGUAUAGCAGCAGGUCGUCUCUUCGUCGAGGAGUCGAUUCACGACGAGUUCGUAAAGAGAGUCGUGCAGGAGGUGAAGAAACUAUCAAUAGGCGAUCCGCUGAACAGAAGUACGUCUCACGGGCCGCAGAAUCACAAGGCCCACCUGGACAAGCUCUUAAAAUUCGUGCAGAAGGGAGUCGAGGAAGGCGCGACCCUGGUCCAUGGUGGAAAGCGUCUAGACAGGCCGGGAUGGUACUUCGAACCAGCUAUACUCACUGAUGUCCAGGACGAUAUGUACGUCGCCAAAGAGGAAUCCUUUGGACCCAUCAUGAUCAUCUCCAAGUUCAGUUCUAAAAACGUAGACGACCUUAUAAAACGUGCCAAUAAUACAGAAUUCGGUCUGGCUUCUGGUAUCCUGACUAAGAACAUUAGCAGAGCAUUGAAAUUCGCUGAGAAAAUUGAAGCCGGUACAGUCUUUAUUAAUACGUACAAUAAGACGGACGUGGCGGCACCUUUCGGAGGAUUCAAGCAAUCUGGAUUCGGCAAGGACCUGGGUCAGGAAGCGUUGAACGAGUAUCUCAAGACGAAGACGGUGACGAUCGAGUAUUGAUUUUAAAAAAACCUUUUACACCCAACUGUGAAUCUACGUGUAUUUCAUACAUUCCACUUUAUUUAUAAAUAAACUCUUAAGUAAUUUUA